AUGACUUUGAUGUCGAUUCGUGAACGUGAAAGACAGCAGCUCGGAGCGGGGAUAACAAAAAGCAGCUGCAAAUGGAGAAAAGCGCUGCUUCCAAUCGAUUACGGUCCAAGAGAUGUAGUUGGAUACCGUAUUCUUCGUGUGGUAAAGACGAUUUUUGAUGUUGAAAGUGAUGAUGGAAGCAAUAAAAGCUCUAAAAUGAGGCGAAUGAAAGGAGGUUACGCAACUCUGGAUGAGGUGGAUCUUCCACGUUUACAUGUUGAUUCCGAGAAUAUUACUGUUCAGUUCUCGUUCUCCAUUGAGUGUGAGAAUCACUUCUAUGGUCCAACCUGCACCAUCUAUUGCAACGAUAACUUCAAUAAUCUGAAUGGUGGCUCAUUCAAAUGUUCGCUGGACGGUAAGAAACUCUGCAAGAAAGGAUGGAAAGGAACGUUAUGCGCCGAACCACAGUGCGAUCAGAAGUGCGUGCACGGGACUUGCGUGAAGCCCAACACAUGCAUAAUCCUUUUGCUGGAAAGUUCUUCUAUAGGUGUGAUUUUGGAUGGAGAGGAGAAACCUGCUCAGAAUGCAUGCCGUUACUGGGCUGCCAACAUGGUCGAUGCCGCCGACCACGUGAGUGCGAGUGCUUCGCCAGUUGGGGCGGAAAGCUCUGCGAUAUCGAUCUUGCGCCCUGUGCUCGUCAUGGUGUCCUCUGCGAAAACGGCGGCACCUGUAUCGCGGAUCCGACGAACUCCUACCGAUGCAGCUGCUCUGCGGGUUUCACUGGAAGAAGCUGCGAAUUGCAGCUUAGCAUUCCCUCUGAAAUCCCGAAUGUGCGCUUUGACGCCGACACCUCGGUGUAAGUUCGUCAAGGAAACCUUCUAUUUCAUAUCGCGAUUUUCAUACUCUAUAUCUCUCUCUCACUUUCAGUUUGACAAACUCGUAGGUGAGUUUGGCACCAGUAGCCGUAAUGACUUCGUGCUGAUCAGUUUGCUGCUUACCAUUCUGGCACUUUCCCUUGCCAUCAUCACCCUCAUCGUCAAAUUUGUCUGUGUCAAGCUAGCAGUCAUUCAAAAAACGACUAUUCAGAAGCCAUUCAAUUGCUCAACGCACUGGGUAACAACUGAAGUACAUUUCCGUAAUGGAAUAAGACGAAACUACAAAAUUGCGAAUGGAGGAAACUACGAGUUAGAUUACGGUAGCGGCCUUUCUGUCACUUUAGAUUUUGUGUUAUUCGGUUUAUUUUCAAUUAUGAAACUGUGA